AGUCAAUAAAUGUACUGUGACAUUAGAAUCCCCAGCCCCUUAGUCCACAGCUGGAUGAAGGUCCUCCCCAAGACGUCGUGCUGGUCGCCGGGAUUGGCCAUGCUUCACCGCUCAGGCCGUUCCUUCAGUCUCGUGAUGGCAGACGGCGCUGCCCUGGCGAGCCGUGGCGCUUCGGGCCAUGCCAUGGCAUCUCGAGCCGCGUCGGCCGCCGCCGCCUCCCUGCCGGGCUUCGCCGACGCCGCCGGGGUGGGCGCCGCUCUCUCGGCCGCGGCCGCGUCGCAGGCCCAUGCCGGCGGUCGCAGGGGAGAGGCCGGCGGGCAUCCGGGGUCGGCGUCGGGGUCGUCGCGCCGCGGGGUCCUCAAGAGUGGCUGGCUCAAGAAGCAGGGCGGCUUCGUGCGCUCGUGGCACGCGCGCUGGUUCGUGCUGCGCGGGGAGCAGCUGUGCUACUACAAGGACGAGGACGAGAACAAGAUCCUGGGCUCCCUGUUCCUGCCGGGGAGCCGCGUGCUGGAGCGACCCCCCACCCCGGAUGACCCGAACAAAUACCUGCUCGAGAUCUUGUCAGGCGGGGAACGUGCCGGCGGCAGUGCGGAGAGCACCGUGCUCAUGGCGAGCUCGCAGAGCGACAUGGAGGAGUGGGCGCGGGCUCUGCGGCGUGUCAUCUGGGCUCCGCUCGGCGGCGGCGUGUUCGGCCAGCGUCUGGAGGAGACGGUGCGCUGGGAGCGGCAACACUGCGGCCACGCCACCGUGCCGCCGGGCGCCCCGGCAGGCCUGCCGCCCGCGCCGCGCGUCGUGCAGCAGUGUGUGAGCUUCAUCCGUGAGCGCGGCCUCGCCGAGGAGGGCCUUUUCCGCAUGCCGGGUCAGGCCAGCCUCGUGCGCGACCUUCAGCGGGCCUUCGACUGCGGAGAGAGGCCCAGCUUUGACGGGAGCACGGACGUGCACACGGUGGCGUCGCUGCUCAAGCUGUACCUGCGCGAGCUGCCCGAGCCCGUGGUGCCCUUCUCCGCCUACGGCGACUUCCUGGCGUGCGCCAAGCUGCUCAACGCCAAGCCCGAGCAGGGAUUUCUGGAGCUGUCGUGCCGCCUGCAGGUGCUGCCUCCAGCCAACUACAGCCUCCUGCGCUACAUCUGCAGCUUCCUGGACGAGGUGCAGUCCCACGCGGUCGUCAACAAGAUGAGCAUCCAGAACCUGGCCACCGUGUUCGGGCCCAACAUCCUGCGGCCCAAGACAGAAGACCCAGCCUCCAUCAUGGAAGGAGCCCCCCUGAUCCAGCAGCUCAUGGAGGUGUUCAUUGCCGAGCAGCACCGCCUCUUCCCGCGGCCGUGCGUCGACGUUCACGCGUCCCUGCCUGCCCCCGGGCAGCCUGGGCCGCCCCGAAGGCCUGCGCAAGGACGCCCGCGAGGGCCCGCCACCGCUUCUCUCCGGCGGGGGGGGCACGGCGUCGUGCGGGCCGCCGGCCGGGGGCGGCCGCCCCUCCGCGUGGGGGGCCCUACCGCUCUCCGAGUCCGACACGUGCACCAGCGGCUCCGAGCCGGCCCGCGGGCCGCGGCCGCGCGGAGGGGCGCGGCCGUGCCUUUCGGCAAGGGCGCGGUCGCCAACGGCUCGCUCGGCGCGGCCGUCGGCGGCCGCAGCGAGGCGCCGUACCGCGCCGGGCCCGGCCGCCCCCUGGCCGGCGGCCGCGAGACCGGCUCGCCGAGGUCGGGCGGCGGCGGCCCGCCGUUCGGCCCCGUGCCGCUGCCGCCGCCGCCGUCGCGAGGCGUCGCGUCCGACACGCUGGAGUGCUCGUCGCGCCUCUGGGCCGCCAACGGCUACGCCACGAUCCGCGAGCACAACCGCAGGCCGCCGGGGCCCGAGCGGGCCGGCGGGUGCCGCGGCGGCCUCGGCGCCGGCUGCGUGGGCGGCGGCGUGGGCGGCUCGGCCACGCUGCAGAGGAUUUCCACGUACGACAACGUGCCGGCCGAGAGCCCGUCGGCCGGCAACUCGGAGGAGCGGCGCAGCGUGGACAGCGGCGCGACGUGGUCCAGCUCGUCGUGCGAGAUCUCGCUGGGCGAUGUCGCGGCCUCCGCGUGCGGCUCCACGCCGGCGUGCUCCUUCCGCGACUGCGGCUACGGCGAGCCGCGGGGAGGGCGCGCGGAGCCGCGGGGCGCCCUCCCCGCGCAGCUGGAGGGCCUGGUGGAGCGGGUAGAGGUGUGCGUGCGGAGCAGCGUCACCACCACCACCACGAGCCGCAUCAACGAGCCGACGCUGCUGCCGCUGGCGCCGCCGCUGGCGCCGCCGCCGCUGCCGCUGGUGGGCGACCCCUGCGGGGGAGCCGGGCCGGGCGGGGCCGGGCCGCUGGGGUGCGAUCCCGACGAGUCGCACCACGAGGCCAUGCAGGAGCUCGUCGUGGAGCUCAAGAUGGAGCUGAGUCGGCAGAAGGCCGAGUACGAGCAAAGGAUAAAAAGCCUGGAGGCGAGCGGCGUGGACGCCUGCCGGCGAGCCGAGCGCCUCUCCGAGGAGCUGGAGCAGGAGCGCGCGCGGCACCGCAUGGCCGAGAUCCGGCAGCGCAACGCGGAGCGCGCCCGCCAGGACGCUGAGGCGCGCAACCGCGUCCUCCAGCGGGAGAUGGAGCACUUCUUCGCGUCGUUCUCCGACACCGGCCAGCCCGAAAGCGCCCAGAUGCCCAAGCGCCACGGCCACCCGCAGCCGCGGUAGCAGCGGGCGUGCCGUCGCGGGCACGCCGGGUCGACCGGCGACCCGCGUGACCUCCCGCUCGGGGGUCCGGCCGUCCUUGGCCUCCACGGCGGGUUGCGGAGAGUGGGACGCGAGCCCGGCGACGGGUCGAGGCGCGAGCGUCAAUACACCGCCACCGCUGCAGAGGUCUCGUCCGUUUGUUGUUGUUGUUUGUUGUUGUUGUUGUUGUUAUGCACGGGUCGACAGUAGCGGCGAGACAGAACGACUGUUGGUAAAAACGAAACUCGUGGCGGGAGAGCGCCAAGACAUCAGGGGGACGACUAAGGCAGGGCUUUGUUUCUCACCGGAUAUUUUCCCGGACGGACCCGGCCGAAAUAAAGCUCUGAGAAAUGAAGAGAGCUGACGUGACUGUGUUAGGGUCAAAGGGGGUCAGCGCUUUAGGGUCGCCGCCUUAGCGUCAGGGACUUUUUUGUUAGGUUCGGCGUCGGUCUCCCUGCUAUGGUUAACGCGUUAGGGUUAGGGUCCUGGUGUGUAAAAGUCAGGGUUGUUGUGUAAGGGUUGGGGUCCGUGGCAUAGCUACCGAGUGUGCGGGCGGUGCGACUGCACCGGGGGCGCACGGCCUGGAGUGGCCCAGGCGCUGGGCUGCAAAGAAGGCGAGGAAAUUGAAUUUGAACAGGGAGUGGCCCCAUUUCGUACCUUGCUACGGGGCUCGUGCCAACUACGUGACGCCACCGAUUCGGGUCUCAUUGUUUCGGCUUGGCGUUUUAGCACUAUGAUCACAGUGCGUUUGAGCGUAAGAAUUUGUAUUACAAAUAACAAUUUUACAUGAGGUAUUCGGGUCAGGGUUAUCGCAUUGGCGUUAGGGUGCCCGUGUUAUCGUUAAGAGGAGAUCUUAAAGGGUCAUCCGGUCAUUUCCUCGUAGUGCCAUGGAUCGCCGGAGGCAGUAUUAGUUAAAUAACAAUGCAAUUGAUAUAAUUUGUGUGCGAGAAAGUACGUUACGUUUGGGGUUACGGUUGGGGAUUAUGGUUAAUGUCGGAUACAUGGGGACAAAGUUCUCGUUUUGGUGAUGGCUACGAUCAGAGUUACAGGAGUGGCAGCGAGGGAUACAAUCACGACCGCCUGGGCUCUCACGGUUUGUCCUGCACAGCUCCCCGACGCGUUCUCGUUUUGUACCGAGUGUCGUUCGGCGCGACCUUCCCACGUUUCUCUACCACCCGCUGGGAGCUUCAAGGGAGCUACAGACGCAUGGAGCUGAAACGCCACGGGGCGUUGUGUCGAACGACACACGGCGCGGCCGGGAACUCACGUCGGGAAGGAGGAAGAACAUUCCGGCGUUUGGACGCGAGAGAGCUCAAGGUCGACAUGGGACUGUUCGUAAGGAGCGAUGGCGACCUUUGCCGCAGCAGCGGCAAUUAAUCUUGGAGAGAUCCCUCCGCCGGACGGACGGCAACGGAUGUCGCCUUCCCCUUUUUGUCCACGGAGGAGGUGAACAAAGAUGAACAACUUCGAUUUCUGCGUCGGGCGAUGACUCCGGACGGACAUUUCUUACGGACGCUAACCAAGGUGCUAUUUGAGCGAUGUAGGCAAUGCGGCAGCGGCGUGCCGGACUGCGCGCGUGUCCGUGCUCGCGUGCGGCAGGACCCUCCUAAUCGUCGGGACAGAGCCACGCGCACUUCGGUUGCUGCUACGCCCAGACUCGCUCGCAAAGCUCCAGGCCAUGAGAUUCUCUUCACCGUUAGCCAUGAAACCAAAAAUGAAAUCCCUCUCUUAUCCCCCCCACCGGCACCCGUGACCGCUCCCGCCAGGUGGCCGGUGGGCUGGGUUGACGUCGAGCCGUGACCAGCUUUGCGCUAAAAUUCAUGACCCCCCCCCCUCCCGGCCAGAAGAUGCGCACGGCGCUUUCGCGUGGAUUUUGCUCUCCUCCCCCACCCCCGCCAAUCGCCCGGAGCGUGCCCAGUCUCGUCAGGCCUCGAAAGCCAAGCCAGGUUUGAGCCUGGGCAGCGCUUCAGAGGGGUGGCCGCCGUGCACGGCAGAUCGCUUGGAGGAUACGAGGCGGCGUCGUCGUGGGCAGCAGAGGGCAGCGCAGCAAAAGUCCAUCGUUGCACUGUACUUCUACGCUCUCCGCUCUUCACCAACGCGCGUUGAUUAGCGUGGCGACGUAUGCUCAAAUAACCCCCCCACCCUCCUCCCCAGGACCCGCACGGUGUGGGGGGAGGUCCUUAUCCAGCCUUGAACUCACAAAUGGGAUGUGCAGCACGUAGCGUGGAGAGUCGUGGCGGUCGAGGCAAAACGGGAGAGUGGACGCGGUGCAGUUCCAGUGACAAACUGUCACCGUAUUCAAUCUAAAUGGGUUACUUUGACGUGAACUGUCCACUCGUGGCGUGGGCUCUCAGGACAUCGAGGUUUUAAAGCCGUGUGAAUCAAGGGGAGCACAACUCCGGUUCCGCGGAGCCGGCAAAACAAAGAAUCUACGUUUCUAGGUUUUCGUUCCAAGCGAGCUCUCAUUGGCCCGAGCCCUUAAUUGACGACAUUAUUUGCUCAGACCUUAUUCAUCGCUCGCAGCUAUGAAACAGUGGGAUAUUCUGCACUAUCUGUACAGCCUGCAGGGGUUCUGGCCCACAAGGACUGAAGUUGUGCACUCCUGGUGUCAGGUAAUCAUGAGUCUGGUCCAGGUUGUUCAUUACUGCCCUGGCAACAUCAUUUGUACCCCCUUUUUCUCACGGGCGCAUUCCAAGCCAAACCAGCACUGGGCCGUCAUGGCACGGUGUGGUUUCCGCUGGCUAUUUGCCAUGCCGAGCCGCAAAAAAACAAACCGUUCCUACGCUGGCCUCACGCAAUACGACACCGGAAUCUGGCUCGGAGGGGAGGCCAAGCAGGGCCAAAGCGAGCCGGGGCUAACGACGCGCACGCUCAUGUGCGCGUGACGUCGAAUCGGUACCCUGUGAGGAUGCGGCGUCCACCGAGCCGCCACCGGCGCGCGUCUCGGCCCUUCUGUUGCACGUGACGUGUCAGCGGCACGGUUCGGCUCGCGCAGUGGAAAUAGCCAUCGGCGAAUCCUCCUCCGAGCUGCACGGUGGAGAAAAAUAGGCGUUUGUCACAUUGACUGGGUGCACUCCUGGGCGCAUCUUGACGGUGCUAAAGUCAUCUCAUGGAGUCCACCCUGUGCCGAUCGAGCCUAAUGAUGGUGUGCCGGAACACAAGGAGCCUUGAUGAGUAGAGAAAGGAUUUUUUCGGUUCCCCAGUUUUGAGUAAAAACUAAAAAAAAAAGUCGUAUUUUCUUGACAAAAUGGUGCUUUUUCAACCAAAAUCAGGAUGAAAUUACCAUUCUCCAAGACACAAAUUGAGCAGAAUCUGUCUUGCAGUGGACAUGUGUUAAAAUAUUUUUCUGCAACUAUUCCCCCCCCCCCCCAUCAAGUCCAGACCCUCAAUAAUUCAUAUGUAACCUGUUUAAGUAUGAUUUUAGUCAAAGAAAUGUAUAGUUAAUGGGAAAAUUAACCUGUUACUCAUGCGCGAUAUUUAUUUUCUACAUUUUGCAGCUGGACAGCAUGUGCCAUGCAAUCAUUUAUGCCCUUGCACACGUGUACAUUAGGAAAUCUGAGAUUCGCAUUAAUUUAUGUUUCUUUUGAGGGUGUAAAGGGCAAGUGAAGUUCAUCACAAAAUAAAAGAUAGUAAUUCAUAUUUGUAAUGCGCCGUACAGAAUUCGCUCCCUUGCGAAGAGAGCGAACGACUCAGAGACGCGAGGAACCGCAAACGAUCAGGAAAGCAGCCGGGCCGCUGAGCUUGUGCCAUCAAUUGCCCAAGUUCUGCGGUCCUCUAUAUACGAAGAUGUUUUCAGAGAAUGAAUGGGUGCUCACAUGUGGCAGGAGAACCAGAGCAGCAAGAGAAACCCCACUUGUGCGAGGGGCUAUCGGCACUCUACCCACGACUGAGCAGGUGGAGCGCCGCGGUGGCGAGAUGUUCACUACCUCGCCUGGUAUACAGGAGGUCGUGGGUUCGAUCCCGACCCUGACGCCUGCUGUUUAUUUGGAGUUUGCGUGUCUCUCCGCGUGGUUGCGUGCAUAUUUCUCCAGGUCCUUCCCCCCCCCCCCUCCCCCCACAUUUAGAAGCAACAUGCGUUUGCUAUAAAUGUCCACAUAAGCCACUUUGUUGAGCUAUCAUUUGUGGCCAGGUCGCUUCUAAAUAAAGACCUAUAAGCUGAGUGGGCCUUACCCGUUAAAAUUAAAAGUUUAGUUGAGGUGGAAGUCCACGCUUUUGUUGUCGCCUGGCAAGCCAGGGUAUGGCACCCCAACGCCCAUGGCAACGGAGUUCCUCAAUCUUUGUGUGAUGCACCAACCCUGGAUUUGCAGUCGUGCAUCACCGCUGCUGUAAUAUGGUGACAGCUUGUCGAAUCACGGCGACAACUACAAAUUCUGAAGGAAAAUAUAAUCUCCAUAUAAUAUUAUGGUCAUGUCCCUCUACGAUUUCUAUUUAAACAAACAUAAUCUAAAUCCCAGAAUUCAUUAAAGUAUUGUUUUUACUUAUUGAAAGGCCCUCGUUUCUCUGUGUGUCUCUACAAGAUCUUAAAUUAAAAACGUAAAAAUAAAAUAGAAACCUCGGUGAACAGAAUUAAAUAUUAACGAUACAUUCCACAAAAUAAAUAGAGAAACGUAAAGUUGAGUAAAACCAAAGUGUAAAAAACCACAAAAACGAGUACUCCUUGAAGUUCGGUGUGUAUCUAUUUACUGCGGAAGACAUCACGCAGCGGACACGUGGCGAAGCUGGCAGAGGCAAACGUUGCCCCCCCCCCCCCCCCCCCCACUUUGCCUUAUCGACUGCUGGGAAGAGAGGUGCUGUCAGCAAGCGCCCGGCAAGGGCCAGGCUCCGAGUGCUAUGAAGAAGGUUUUAUUCUGCACCGCUCAUGCCUGGCCAUCUUUGUCUCCCCAGUUGCUGGUGUUCUUCACAGCAACCACACCGCUGGAGAAUCGGUUUAGGCUGAGUCAGGUUUGAGUGUACGUGUGUGACUGCUGCAUAUUCGAAGGGCAGUGGAGCUGGUACUCAUUUGUAUAUCCUCUGAGAGUGUAAAGAGAAGUUAACUUUCUUUUUUAAUCAAACCGUGAAGCUGCGACUUGCUGACAACGACGUGCGUGGCAUACAAUCGAAGCUGCCGUGCUGUCAGGAUGGGGAGUGCAGUGCGCUGAGCCUGACCAUGCGAGCGGGACACCGGGGGGGGGGGGGGGGUUGCCACCUGCCCCUGGCAUUUCCCCGCGAUCGUCCUCGUGUUCAUCUUCUUCUCCUGGGGAACCUGCGACUCUUCCCAUGUUGUUUUUAUCAGUUGGAUAAUAACAACAACAACGAUGUUACAACACCACUCCUUCGCGAGUAAUUCUCCUUCCGAGACCGUGAGAUAUUCCGCUUCACGUGAUAGGGCCCGUUUCUCUUCCGUCAAAGGUGACAACCGUAGCGCACACGCACACACACACGCGCAACCUUACACGCACACACGCACACACACGCCCACACGCACACACACACACGCACACACACACACGCACACACGCACACACACACACACACGCCCACACGCACGCACACACACACGCACACGCACACACACGCGCACACACGCACACACACACGCCCACACGCACGCACACACGCACACGCACACAGCCAGCCAGGCACGGCAGAGCGAACCCGCCCUCUCCGCGCGGCUGGGACACACAGAGGCAAUUGUGUUAAACAGAAACUACGACCGGUGUCGCGAGCCCUCGGGCGUUGAGCCCCGAGCCGACAGUCCGCUUCGCACGCAAUCACGGGGUGAACCCCUAACCCCCCCCCCCCCCUCCCGGCGCGAGACUCGAGACCCCCACAAGCUGAAGAGCGAGCGGGGGGGGGGCAGCACGUGCCAAGCCGUGAGACGUGGACGGUGCCCCCCAAUCCCCCACAGCCGCCGUGGCUGGCACCGUGCCGAGCGGUUCACGACAGACUCGGAGACAUUUCUCCGCGCCUUAACUGUGGAGCGACAGGAGUUCUCCCCGUCGGGUUGGGGGUGGGGGGCAGCGAUGAUUCCCCCCAGCCUCGUGCUGCGAGCGCGCCCGUGACGCGGAGCCUCUCGUCCUGCCACAACCUGAAAACGGCAGCAGCGGUGGCACCGCGAGCGUUUUGGAACGAUCGCUUUUUUACAUCACCGUUUCGUUUUUAAAUCUUUAUUAUUAUUUAUUACUACGACGAUAUAUUAUAUAAAGAAACGUAUAUAUCUAGACAUGCGAAUUUUGAUCAAUUGCACUCGGUUAUGUAGACUGCUAUAAUUGAAGAGCUCCGUGAUGGUACCAUGUACCAGCGCCGUCGGCUCGGCACCCUUCGGAAUCUCUGCGGCGCGUCUCGUUCUCUCGUGGAUUGUACAUUUCACCGUGGCACGCGCGCGGACGCACAUUUUGCAACGUUUCUCUCUCAGCCUGGCGAUCGGUAUUUAAGCACUACUCUCCUCCUCGAUGUACACGCGACUUGACAGCAGCGCCGGCCACGGGAUGAUCUCAUUUCGGAUUUGUAACACUGCCGUUAUUUAUGCUUGACAAUUGGCGACCUUGCGUUAUUUAUUGCCAGCGGAAGGCAAGAGAAUUAUAUAACAUGGUACAAUUUAGAACUCAGUUAUUGCUCGGUAGUAAACAUAAACACAUCAUUUAGCAACUAUUUACCAGGGACGUGUGUGGAUAUGAGAGUUUUGUUUCAUUUGGACAGAAAUGUCAAACUUUUUUUGA